UGAAGUCUUGUGUGGUCUAUGAUUUAUGACCGUAUUUGGUUUUCACAAGCGUCAUUCACUGGCAAGACCCAGAACAAGCGUUGUCUCCGCUAAACACCAUUAGUAUAAUGAAGACUCUCUUCAUUGUCGUGCUUGUGCUUAUCGUUGGGGUCUAUCUAGAAAGCCUUCUUGGAGUAGAAUCCAGUCACUGUCUGACCGGAAGACUUGUAGAGUCUUGCACAACUACUGUGCGGUACGUUGAAGAGGAACUCAAGAAAUUGCAGCAUUCAUUCCAAACAGACGGAAAGAAACGAGACCAAGAGAUUGAGACAACGAAAUUGCAAGUACGUAACCUUACCAGUGAUUUGCAGACUGAAAGAAUCAAAUCUCAGAACGUUAGCGCAGAAUUGAAAGAAACCAUUGUUAACCUUCAAACGGACAAUCUGCUUCUCAAACAAAGCUUAGAGACAACAAAAUUACAAGUACGCAACCUUACAAGUGAUUUACAGACUGAAAGACAGGAACGGAUCAAAUCGCAGAACGUUAGCGCAGAAUUACAAGAAACCAUUGUUCAAAUUCAAAGAGGCAAUCUGCUUGGCAACCAAAGCUUUGAGACUGGAGUUGUCAAUAGUGUGUCAUCAAUCGACGACUUGCCUUCGUGUGGAGCAUCAACUCGCGGCUCAAUUCGUCUCUUGCCCGUUUUUGUAAAUUCUGCGCUUAGGAGAGACGCCUUCAUAAUAUGUGCUGACUUGGAAAAUGGAAAAUUUCAAUGGAUUGAAGUGAUGACAAAUGGUGGCAUCCUUACAAACGGCAGCAGUUGCCGAGACUUGAUAGAACCCACAUAUCUUUCAUUUGUUCUACCAGAUGGACUCUACAACCUAACAGACAGCAACAUGGACUCUGUGACGGGUUAUUGUGAUAUGACGACAGACGGUGGCGAAUGGUUAUUGAUUGGCAAAUCAUUUCAACCGAACAUACGAAAUUUAAAUUCGACAAGCGAGCCCGUAACUUUGACAAGCGGGCAAGGAUGGUCAAAUAGAUUUCCAUCCAUCGUCGUCAACGAUUUUCGUGUGCAAUUUGCCAUUUCGAGUUCGAUGGAAGAUACGAAAGGAAAUUGGUACUAUCAUUUAGCUCGUCCUCGACCUCUUGCCCAACUUUUCACAUCUGAUAAUGGAAAUAAGUGCGAUAAUGAAGAUGGAAUCACAGAUAUUGAAUAUACAGUUGACAUUCGCGGUGGUACAAGAAACAACAAUCAUAGAUGUUCAGCAUUUCAAGAUCCAAGUCCAAAUUCCUUCAAUGGCAUCAACAAUUGUUUCACUUCAACUGGUUGUUCUAUUUCUGGCAACGACGGCUCAUUUAGUUUCCAUGGACAGAAUGCAGUAUCUGGACAAGACGACCAAUCGACUGCUUUCUUUGGAUGUGAUGAUGGCAAAUGUUGUGCAUGCUGGGGUCCAACUGGAGGACAAGAAACUUACUGCUUCGAUGACUGUGAUACAGAAAGCGGUAGUAGCAAGCAAAGUUCCGGAUAUGCAUGGUUCUAUGUACGCUAAUAGAACAAUUCUUGUGUCAAGACAGCAGACAAUAGUUUACGUACGUUGCACGACGAGUUAUUCUAACUUCACUGAUAAUGCGCAUGUGUUUGUUUAAAAUCUUAACUGGAAACUGUUUCAAAGUUGAGCAAAUCAAAGGUCUUUGGUGCAUGACACGAGUUGAUUCAACCAUCAAUUGUUUGUCAUAUUUACAAAUUUAACAUUUUAUUAACACUUUAUGUAGAAAAUUUAGCAUUCGUAUCUGCAGUGUAUAGAGAGAGGGCUAGUCUUGCAAUAACACAACACCGUGUUGUCGUACUCAACAAGAUCAGUCUGGUUUGUAAAGUCUAUUACAAGUACCGGAAGCAAACCCUGCUUCAAAAGUACUUAGACCAUGACGGCUGUCUAGAAAGAAGACAUGACUUUACGAAGGAUCCGAGUAGAUCCCAGAAGCAC